AUGGAAUUUACAGAUCAAAGUCCAACGGAGUGCUCUGUUCUGCGGUUAGAUGAGCCGGCGGAGACACCCCUCGGUGGGCCCCCACUGUGUGAGCCCGCACCUUCCCCAGCGAGCAAACCACCCGUCCCAUUCCAUUCCCCACCCCCCAAAUCUUGCGGCCACAAGCAAAGGCCACUCACCCUUCCCCUCCUUCCCUACCCGCGCUGCCGGCCGGGCGGACCAAUCCGAUGGCUUGACUGCCCCCUCCAGCGCACCACGGCGCCUACAAGCUCCCGCCACGCCGCCGCCGUUGGCGGCGGCGGCGGCGUCUGCCGUCGCCCUGGCUGCUACGCCGGCACGGACGCCGCGCUCUGCGACGACCUGCUGCAGGAGGUGUUCCGCCUCCUGCCGCCCGCCGCCGCGCCGGCCGUGUCCCUCGUCUCCCGGCGCUGGCUCUCGCUCCUCAGGGCCUCCACAUCGUCCCUGACCCUCCGCCUGCCGGCCUCCCCGGAUGCCGCGCCAGCGGCGGGGACGGCGACCCUCGCCGCCCUGCUGUCCCACUACCCGUUCCUCUCCGCCCUGACCGUCGUCUCCGCUGCUACUCCGGCCGGCGACGCCGACGCCGUGCUGCUCGCUGUCGCGGCCGCGCCGGCCGCCGCCCGGUUCUCCACGCUGCGGCUGCUACCCGAUUCGGCGGUCUCCCCCGCCGCGCUGGUCGCCGCCUGCCCUGCCCUGUCCGGCCUCACGUCGCUCCACCUCACCGCCGUCCGCCCCCUGUCGUUCCGCUGGCUCGAGCUCUUGCCGCGCCUCAAGUCGUUCGCCCUCGUCAACUCCGCCGCCAGCGUUGACUACGCCGGCUCAAGCUCGGAUGAUGCCGGCGGUGGCGAAGCCGAGGCCGCGGGGGCCUUGCCGCUGGAAAGGCUGUCGCUUUGCGGCAUCCGCUCAGGCGACAGAGGGCUUGGAUGGCUCUGGCGGCGGUGCGGGAGCCUCAAGUGGCUGCAACUGCGCGCCUGCGACGGCACUGGAGACGGGCCCGCGUCGCUGGCCUUCGCGGGCUGCCUCGCUGGAUUGCUCGCGCUUGAGCUUCGUGCUUGCCGUUCUGUCGCCGACCGUGUUCUCCUCCUUGCAGCUGACCAUUGCCACGCGCUGACAUCCCUCCUUGUUUAUGACGGUGGCAGCAGCGAGGCCCUUCACCGGUUCAUCCAACAGCGUGCUGCUGGUCUGCACACCUUGGACCUUCGCCUACCGCUCGACCUGCACAAUGAUCAUCUCCUUGCCAUUGGAGCCGAGCCAAUUCACGGCGGUCGGGACCCCAAACAUAGCCUAGUGGCACUUCGCCUUCAGAGCUGCGUCCUAAUCACAGGAGAUGGACUCCGGUCUCUUGCGCGAACAGCCACUGGGGCGAGCAUCGAAGAGCUUGCCUUGGUUAGCUGUGAUGUCGUGGAACGGGAGCCCGGGUUACUGACAUUUCUCAGUCAAAGCAUGCGGCGUCUUCGUCGUCUUGACUUGUCUUACAAUGAGACACUGAGUGACAAGGUGAUUGGUGCCAUGCUGUCAUCCUGCCGGAAUCUCAUCGACAUCAGACUCAGGGGAUGCCGGGGACUGACGGGGGGCUCCCUGGUCUCGCUUCUCAGGCACUGUGGGCAAUCACUGGAGAUCCUCGACCUCUCCCGCUGUCCUAGCAUUGCUGUUGGCAAUGUCGAACUCUUUGCUCAGCGCGCCACUCGAUUGAAUCAUAUGAUCAUCGAGGAGAGCGUGAUAUCAGAGGAAUUGAAGGCAAUCGCUCAGAAGAAAGGACUGAAGAUUGGCUCAUUAUUGCCAUGCGAAGGACCAUUCUGAAGUCAGGUACAAACAGCAAGGAUGCGCAUGACGCUGAUUCAAAUGUCAGUUUUCUUUGUAUUCAAAUGGGUUUGGGUAGCUGUAUACAUUAUGCACCUCAUUAUAGCUGGACGGUAUGUAUUCUCAUCCAACUAGAUGUGGCUUACUGAGCUAUUGUAAUCUGUUGCAUUCUACAUUAUUUGAUAGUGUGGAUUUGUUGUAAGUUGAAAAAAAAUGUGUUUGUUAUAAUAAAUGUAGUAUGCUUCUCUCUACAGUAACCGAAUUAACCACUGAGUCACAUUUUGUUGACAAACUCUCAACGUGUAACGCUGCCCGCCGGGUUAGGGGCCAGGUUAGGAGUACAAGUCACGUUGGCGCGCUGACAUGAAAGGUGUUAAGCUAAAAUAAUUAUGAAAUAUGAUUUGUUAUCUUAUACACUCAAAGUAGCAUCACAUCGAUGAAUCGAACCAAAUAAAAAAUAAAACAUAAUCUAAAAUCAAAUUGAUCGCAUCCAAUAUUAAAUUCGUACAUUUUUUUUUUAUCGUAAUGAGCAUUCGAGCACUAUGUAAUUUUUUUCUUAGAAAUUCAUUGACUUUUGGGCGUCAGUAGAUAUAGCUAACGGAUUGACGUGCUAUGGUACACUGAUUUUUGGUUUCUGAUAGAAAUAAAAGAUAAAGUUAGCGACGAAUGAAUAAUUCAAUCGUAUUUGCGAGUUUAUAAUUUGAUAGAAAUAAAAGAUGAACAGUUUGAGAAAUACUAGAGUUUUGACACAUUUUUUUAGACCAAAUCAUUACCAACAUACUAGAGCUGCACCGACGCGUCGGGUUCCUACGUCAUCUACGCACCAGUGGAUGUCGUGGCCAUGAACGUUGUCCUCAACGGCGGUGAUCCUGACUAUGUGGCGCUCUUGCCAUCGGGCUUUGCCGUCCUACCCGACAGCCCAGCUGGGGGCAGCAUGCCAGCAUGCAAGGGGACAGCGGCGUCGGCUCAGGUGGCUCGCUCCUGACGACUGACGGUGGCGUUCCAGAUACCAGUGGGCUCUGUACCCACAGCCAAGCUCUCGCUGGGUUCAGUGGCAACGGUGAACAGCCUCAUCGCCUGCACCGUGGAGCGCAUCAAGGCCGCGGUCUCAGGCGAGAGCAAUCCCCAGCAGCUUCGUUGAAUCUAAGUGUUCUUAUCCUUGCAUUGGAGGUAUGUGCAACGUUAGAACCUGCAAAAUUUCAUCAUUUGGUUUCUUCUGAAUACUGAUGAUUUUUAUCAGUGAUCCUUUUGCGGGAGCAGCAAAUUUUAGAGCUUUCAUCAGUGGGAAGUCAAUAACGCACCUCAGACUCUCCUUGCCAUGUGGUGUGGUGCUCAUAGUUUGGGUUAUUUUUCACCUAGUUUCCGCAAAAUUUCCGGAAAUUCCAAGAUAUGUUUCAGUUGUCAAAGAAAAUGCGUCACCACUACGCAAGGGCAGUUGGUUCGGGACUUCGGGUAUUGACUUCCUCUUCAUGUUGGCCUCUCGGAUGCUGCUACUUAUGAUUUUUAGGGUUCUUGUCUUGUGGAGUACAAAACCGUAAUUUAGCCUGUAAUUUGUGCUGUUGUUCAGACUUCUCCAGCAUCCUGGUAGGAGUUCCAGGAUAGAUAUUUGUGUGCCUUCAGUUCUAUACUUUGCAGUGUUUCUGGUAUCGGGCCACCAUUUCAA